CGCACGUGCCGCGCAGUCGCUUCCUGCUAUGGACUCGUUCACUUUCUCGCAGCUCGAGCAGCGAUUGCAGCAGACCGGGUUUGCUGAUGGAAAACUUGCUGUCAUCAAUUUUGUUGGUGGAAACUUCUCAGGAUCUCAGCUUGCUCAACUGCUGAGACAUUUUCCUCACUCGAGCAAUCAACUGAAAGUUCUUCAAAGCAUUCAACACAGAAUAGUUGGCUUAACAUCAAUGGAAAUCAAAUUCAUUAUUAACAAUAUGCCUUUCUCAAAUGACAAAGUACAAGCACUAGAGAUACUAUCAAGGCAUGUCAUUGAUCCAGCCAACCAGUUCGUGAUUUUGGAAAGUUUUUCAUUCCCAUCCGACAGACAAAGGGCUCAGCAAGUUCUCACACAGAACCAACAUAUGGUCGCUGGUGCGGAUGCGAGUGGACUGUCAAUGGGAGGAUACUCACCAGCUCCACCGGCAUACCUGCAACCCACACAAAACAGUUACCCGAGCAGCUCAACAGGAUACCCACCCCAAGUAGCUGCUGCGUAUCCAUCAGGAUAUCUGCCACAAACAUCUGAGCCUUACUCAAGCGCUUAUCCUCCACCUACAUACAUGUAUCCAUCACACACAACACAAGCAGGAGCUUAUGCAGCAGCUCAACAAGGAGGAGCUUAUCCACCUACUGCACAAGACGGAGCGUACCCAAUGUCCGCACCAGGAGCUCAUUAUCAUGGAGGCUCCGCAGCAUAUCCUCCACAGCAACAAGGUGCAUAUCAUCCUAGCGGACAGUCUGGAGCUUACCCUCCACGAGGAGGAGAAGGAUAUCCUCCAGGAGGAGCAUUUCCUCCUUCACAGUCUGGCUAUCUUGGAGGUCACACAGUGGGCACUGGACUGGGAAGUCAAAUGAUGGGAACCCCAUUCGGUGGGGUGGCCACAGGACAUGGCAUGCCAACAGCGGGUGCCUAUCCUCCAGCCGGUCCACCGGGUUAUCCUCCUCCAUACUGAUGACCGAACCGACAACUUGGUAUAUGAAAUACUGUAAAUUAAUUUGAAUUCUGAAUUUGUGCUGUCGCUAGUAACUACCUGAGUGGAUUGUUUAGAUAUAGACAUUGUACAUACAUGUACUGUGGUUGUUGAAAUAUAAUGAUGAAAUGGA